AUGCUACCUGGCGUGCGGAGGGCCAUGCGGCUGUCUCCUUUUGCUGUGCUGCGACGCGAGGAAAAUAUGAGUUCUGAGGAUGCUGGGAAGGGCUCCGCCGUAAGUGGAAUGGCGGGCAGUCCCAUCUUCUCCCUGGAGCUCUCGCAGCACCCAAGUCAGUUGCUAAGGCAGCGCAGCAGUCUGGGCGCCGACGAAGCGUUGUUGCCAACAGUUGGCGGGGACUUUUCGGACUCGCAUAGACGGCUAUUGCUGCUGUCCGUGCCCCAAACGGACUUCGAGGCCCAGCUGCUGGGGCUGCUAAGGGGCUUGAAGGGGGAGAGGGAGGGGAGCAUCAGCGCGCCAGAUCUGGCGGAGGUGCUGUCUGCCAUGGGGUUCCUGGUGCGGCUAGAGAGCGGCCAGCCCCGCGAGUGCGGCAAGGCAUGCAGGCGGCAGUGCCUGGAGAAACUGCAGCACACCUACCUCAUCGUCUCUGGCUCCCUUGACUCAGCGGUCACGGCUCCGGUCAUAGUGGAGCCGCAACUGCGAGAGCACUUCCGAAUAGCGCACUCGACGCCUGAAUAUGACUCACUGCUGUCCGCCGCGCCGAGCGAGUUUGUCGGCGGCGCUGGCCGGUUGGCAGCUGUGGUGGAGCUUCUGAGCAGCGCCGUGGCAGCUGCCUUCAAAGACCAGCAGCUGCCGCUGCCGCCCUGGCGCCGCAACAAGAGCGUGCUCUCUAAAUGGGGCCUUGGCCCUGCCGCCGCGGGCGCAAAAGAGGGAGCUACGCCGUUCAACUCGCCCACAAAGCGCAUGGCAGCGAUGGCGUUGCCUCCGCCGCAGGCGCCAGCCUGGCGCCACUUGGCGCGUGGCCGCGACGCCGGCCCGGACGGCCGCAGGGAACGGCCUGGUAGACAACAACAGCAGCAGCAGAAAGCAGACGGCUACACAGGCAUUGCGCAGCCAGAAAGAGCCCAGUCAAAGGGCCUUGAAGCCAUGCUGGAGGGGCUAGGAGCUGGUCUCACCCGGGGCAAGAAGCAGCUGCUGGAAAUUACUAGGCGUAGGAGCGGGGACUCUGCUGCUGCGUCGCAGCUACCGUUUGUGGUGUCGCUGUCAGCGCACGCCUCCACAGACAUGCCACUCGAGCCAGUGGCAGCAGAGGCCAUUGAACUGGAUCUGCCCAGCAGCCCGUCCGGUCUCCAGCAGUCGCCGCCGUGCGCAGAGGUCAGCAAGGAGUCAGCCGCCUCGCCUGGAGCGCAGCAGGGGACUCCCUCAGAUGCCGCCUGCACAGUCAGCGCAGCAGUAGAGCCGGUGCGCCGCUUCCGCGGCGGCAGCGCGCAUGCGGAUGGGGGAGACGGCAGCCCGGUGCUUGGCGCGCAGCACGACGAGCAGGGGGAGCGCGGUGGCGAGGGACUACCCGGCGGUGGGGAGGGGCCUCCCGGCGGUGGCGGCGGCGGCAGCCGCCAGCCCCGGCGGGUGGUCUCGCUUCUGGCGCGCGGCCUGGCCGACCAGGCGGCGGCGGCUGCCUUGCCGGCGAUCGAUGCCGCCGCGCUGCUGCAGCCGCCUGCGGCUGCCAGCGCCGACGGCAACGCCGCGGCCGUGGCAAAGCCGAAGCGGUCGGCUGCGUGGCUGCUGGGCCUGCCGCACAUCACCACAGUCCGGCGCAUGGGCAAAGCUGAGGGCGGCCCCUAG